AUGGCUGACCAGCUGACAGAGGAGCAGAUCGCAGAGUUCAAGGAAGCCUUCUCUCUGUUUGACAAGGAUGGAGACGGCAGCAUUACCACCCGGGAGCUAGGCACCGUCAUGAGGUCCCUGGGCCAGAACCCCACAGAGGCCGAGCUCCAGGGCAUGGUCCGCGAGAUCGAUGCCGACGGCAACGGCACGGUGGACUUCCCCGAGUUCCUGAGCAUGAUGGCGAAGAAGAUGAAGGACACAGACAGUGAGGAGGAGAUCCGGGAGGCCUUCCGCGUGUUCGACAAGGAUGGCAAUGGCUUUGUCAGCGCAGCUGAGCUGCGGCACGUGAUGACCAGGCUGGGGGAGAAGCUGAGCGAUGAAGAGGUAGACGAAAUGAUCCGAGCAGCGGACACGGAUGGAGACGGGCAAGUGAAUUACGAAGAGUUUGUCUGCAUGCUAGUCUCCAAGUGA